AUGCCUGUAGUCAGCGAGUAUGAAAGGGCUGACGAAACAGUUGAGAUUUGCCUACGUCUACUUACAACUCUAGGUGUAAAAGAUAUUUCUCCCUAUGAUAUUGAUAUAUCCCACCGGGUAGCAACGAGAAGAAAUUUCCCGAACAAACCUAAACCAAUCAUUUGUAAAUUUACCAGACGCAUUUCAAAGGAAAAGGUUAUGUCUGCACGAAAGAAUGUAUUUAAGAUCUCUCCUUGUGAUGUUGGCUUCCAUGAACAAUUAUCAUUGGAAGCGCUACAACUUUAUGACCACUUAAGUCCUCGGCUGCAAACUCUUUUGCGUGAAGCGAAGUUAUUUAAAGAAGCAAAUGGAUAUAAUUUCUGUUGGGCGAAAAAUUGUUUUAUCUUUCUUCGAGAAUCUGAAAGCUCGCGUGCCUAUAAGUUGAAAAAUCUGGUUGAUCUGAGAGCAAUGGCAACUCGACGCUAA